GGCUUGGCCGCUGUUAGUGGGAUGCAACUGCAAGUAAUUGUUUUGGAAUUUGUAUUUGUUCUAAAUUGGAAUUAAAACCGCUACUGUUACUACGCUCACUUGCCAUUAUCGGCAAGUUGCUUUUGAUCGUUAAAUUCGUUGGCAGUCGUUGCCGCUACUCGCUCACCUGGUUCUCGCAUAUACACACACACACACCACGCACACACACACACACGCACGCACACACAACACUUUGCUGGCCAACAGCAAAGCAUCCAAGCAAACGAAAAUUCUUCUUCUGCGUGUUCCCAUUGCUGCUGCUUCGUCUGCUCGCGGUGUUAACUUGGCUUAAAGCGUGUCGCCGCCAUCACAAUCGUCGCUUACUUACAUUGGCAUUGAAGUCGCGUAGUCAUUUUAGAGGCGCAGACACGUCAACAAGAAAGUGGCUGCGCAUACCCUCAUAUACUGGCAUUUUCGAUUUCGGGGGUCCCGUCGUAGCCGUCCUAGUUGCUGGAACCGCCGCGCUGUUGCUCCAGAAUGCGUGUGAGCAACAUACGCAGCGGUCGCAUUUGCCGCCUGGCCCUGUGCCUGCUGGUCAUAUUGCCGCUCCUCUACUUGCUGGCGAACUGGAGCGAUCAUCAUAAGCGGGUGCAGGAGGCGUAUCAUACGCGUUUUGGCGGAGCCAAGUUUAGUCAUCAGCGGCUGGAGAAUCGACCGCGUGAGGUGCCCAAGUUGAUUGAAGGUCUGGGCAACUUUGAACCGAAGAAUCUGAAGAAACGUACCGGUCCGGGUGAAAAUGGCGAUGCGUACAUAUUGUCGGCAGAUAAAAAGAACAAGGCGGAUGCUUCCGAAAUGGAAUAUGGCAUGAACAUUGCCUGCUCCGAUGAAAUUUCAAUGCAUCGCUCUGUGCGGGACACACGUCUUGAGGAAUGCAAGCAUUGGGACUAUCCGUACGAUUUGCCCAAGACCAGCGUCAUCAUUGUGUUCCACAAUGAGGGCUUUUCGGUGCUCCUGCGCACUGUCCACUCUGUUAUUGAUCGCUCGCCCAAGCAUAUGCUGCACGAGAUCAUCUUGGUCGAUGACUUUUCGGAUAAGGAAAAUCUGAAAAAGAAACUCGACGACUAUGUGGUACAAUUUAAUGGUCUGGUCAAGGUCAUACGGAAUACGGAGCGCGAGGGAUUGAUACGCACACGUUCCCGUGGCGCCAUGGAGGCAACGGGUGAGGUGAUUGUCUUCCUCGAUGCCCAUUGUGAAGUGAAUUUGAAUUGGCUGCCACCGCUGUUGGCGCCCAUCUAUCGUGAUCGUACUGUCAUGACUGUGCCCAUUAUCGACGGCAUCGACCAUAAGAAUUUCGAAUAUCGCCCUGUCUAUGGCAGUGACAAUCAUUUCCGCGGCAUUUUCGAAUGGGGAAUGCUCUAUAAGGAGAAUGAAGUACCGCGGCGCGAGCAGCGUCGUCGUGCUCAUAACUCAGAGCCUUAUCGCAGUCCCACGCAUGCGGGUGGACUAUUUGCCAUCAAUCGCGAGUAUUUCCUGGAGCUGGGCGCCUACGAUCCUGGACUGCUGGUUUGGGGCGGUGAGAACUUUGAGUUGAGCUUCAAGAUCUGGCAAUGCGGCGGCAGUAUUGAAUGGGUUCCGUGCUCCCGUGUGGGUCACGUCUAUCGUGGCUUUAUGCCUUACAACUUUGGUAAGCUGGCCAGCAAGAAGAAGGGACCUCUGAUCACAAUCAACUAUAAACGUGUAAUCGAGACCUGGUUCGAUGAAAUCCACAAAGAGUAUUUCUAUACGAGGGAGCCGCUGGCGCGUUAUCUCGAUAUGGGCGACAUUACAGAACAGUUGGCUCUAAAGAAGCGCCUAAACUGCAAAUCCUUCCAGUGGUUUAUGGAUAACAUUGCUUACGAUGUGUACGACAAGUUCCCCGGACUGCCGGCGAACCUGCAUUGGGGGGAACUGCGCUCUGUUGCCUCGGACGGCUGCCUGGACUCGAUGGGACAUCAGCCGCCAGCGAUUAUGGGCUUAACCUAUUGCCAUGGCGGCGGCAAUAACCAACUGGUGCGACUGAAUGCCGCUGGACAGCUGGGCGUCGGUGAGCGUUGUGUCGAGGCGGAUCGCCAGGGCAUCAAGCUGGCCGUAUGUCGCCUGGGCACUGUGGACGGCCCCUGGAGCUAUAACGAGCAUACCAAGCACCUGCUGCAUCGUGUCCAUAAGAAGUGCAUGGCACUUAAUCCAACGACACAGCAAUUAUCGCUGGGACACUGCGAUGUGAACGAUAGCUACCAGCAAUGGUGGUUCAAGGAGAUACGUCCACGUUGGUAGAAGCCAGCGCACUGAAUGAGCACAGGAAGCACAGCUAGAUCUUAUGGAAAACAAGGAUGUUGCAAUAUGUCAUAAGGGUUUCAAGAGCGAACGCUCGCAAGCGUUAGCGUUCGAUAAAGGGGGACGGGGCGGGGAUGGGAUAGGCGCGGCCGGCAGUUAGACAAAAGGAAUUUAGUGAAAAUGGAAUUGUUGUUGGAUAUUUGUGUGUAUUUUAUAGAGAGCGAUGAGCUAACAUCAAACUUUGUUUACCAUUUUUUUUUUUUUUUGUACGAGUAUUCAUGAAUAUGAGUGAGCGAGACGAAUGCGUGUGUGCGAAAAAGGGGGAUAGGAGAAUUAUGUAGAGCGACGACGUGCAAUAAUUUCUUGGCGUGAUUUUUUAUUAACAAAUUCAAUUCCCACUGAAUCACACUCACACACUUGACAAACAAAUAAAAAAUAUAUAUGAAUAACUGUAAUUUUACGAGCAACAGAAUGAAAAAUAUCAAUUAAGCAUCCUUGCUGAAGAUUAAUGUUAACAAUACUAUUAUUUUGUAAUAAUUCUUUAAUUUGUAAACUUAUGUUUAAAUAGAGAUAGAGAGCGAGAGAGCGUAUUUGUCGUCUCGACAUGUUGUGCUCGACAUUCCACUGCUCUACAAAACUGAAACAAAAAGCAUCCAUGCCUGUAUAUCGGUUGCAUUGCCAAUUUCUGCUUUAAACUUAACCUUUUGAUUUUACCUAAUCACUAACUUGAAUUAAGCAAUAUGUUACGAGUGUACGAGUGUAUGUGGAUAUGUAUAUUAUCGGCAUUCUGUGCGCGCACACAGAUUGUUGUGCGUACUCGUAUGUCUGUGGGUUGUCUCUUUAAAAAUUUGUUCUCGAAGCAUAGCCAACGUUUAGGACUUUUUUAUACAUACGCCUAUAUACAUAUAGUAUAUAUAAAUAAGUUUAAAGCUAUAAGUCUGAAUAACGAAAAUAGAAAUAAACGUUUUUCUAAACAGCUUU